UGAUGAGUACAGAUGGCCGAAUGCAGCGUUAAUUAUUCACGAAUGGUUUUAAUGACAAAGUAUGGAAUUAUCUUAAAAUGACUCAUUGAGUUUACUCGAGGUGUCGACCAGAUGUUAAAUAUGAUCUUGAAUAAAUCUUGAGUCACACUUGAAUUUCUAACCUCUAUAAAUACUUCCACAAGUGUGGUUGACGAGAAUGACGAGUGAUCGUAACCGAGAUUGUGACAAUAGAAGUGACAACUGACAGGUCGAAACAAUACGGAUAAUUAACGCACAUUCUUUCAGAGAGAAAAUCUAGCUUACAUUUCGGAUCCGAGUUCCCCGGAAUGAACCAGACAUCCGAAUAUUCUCGAAAUUAAACAAAGACAUUGCAUGUCAAUGUCACGUGCGAGGGACGGAGAGAGGUUUUUUUUACAAGGAAGAGAACAAAUAGAUUAAAUGUAAAAGGUGUAAUUAACGGCGAAUUCGAUUGGAAGUACUAGUGGAUAUUAAAUCUGAGCGCACAGGUCUUUAGCCACAAUUUAUCAUCAAACUCAACAGGAUUGUGCGUGUCAUGCACUUCCGAGGAAGAUAUUUGUGCAAAUAGAAUGCCUCAACUGACCACUAUCGAAACUCUUACUGUAACCAGACCACUUAAGGAGGGGAGGGUGCCACGACCCCGGAACACUGCCAUCGAUCUGCGAUCCGUCCGCUUCGCGAGAAAGAGACGAAAAGGAGUAAAAAAAAGAAGAGAUAAAAAAAAAGGAGAGAAAACAACCCGUGCGGUGCGCGUUAUAGGGGGUUGCCCUCGUCCGAUAAUACAUUGCGGGGUCCACCAGCGCGACGAAAGCCAUUGACCCCCGAGCCCGUUAAUCAACCCUUCUCCCCACCAUCUACGAGACUUCACGAUCGUCGCGCGGAACCCUCGGCACAACGCGCGUAUCUCGGUGCCCUUUGGUGAGAGAGAGUGCUAGAGGGUGGGUUCUAGCCGCUCCGCGUCCCUUUCGUGAAUCACUGACGUCAAGAUAAGAGAGUACCGAGAAGCAGACAAUGCCUCGUGCGCGCAAUCCGAAAAGAAGCGUGCCAUCGUCGCGUGUACGUCUUUGAAGGAAACGUCACGAAGGAGAAGCUCUCCCCUUGCCCUGACCGGUCGCUGCUGACUCGCGCGUGUUUCUCUUCACGGAUUCGUGAUCGCUUGACUCGGAAGUGAAAUGAUUAUGUAUACAGUCGCCGAGGAUCACAUGGGCGACAACGAGAUCGCGCAGGUGAUCGCGUUUAUAUGCGGGAUCAUAGUGGUGCUGCUGAUGAUAAUGGGCUUGGCGUCGACCGACUGGCUGAUGGCCCUGGGAUGGAGACAGGGCUUGUUCGCUCACUGCAUCGAGGAAGGUGCCCCAACACCACUCCCCUUCAACAUGCCUGAUCCCCCAGGAUGCUACGCAGCCAGGGACAGCGCCUACAUAAAGGCAGCUGCGGCUUUGUGCGUGGUGUGUCUUCUGACAGAUAUCGCCGCGACGAUUCUCACUGGUUUGGGUUUGCGCACACAGGAUCACAGGGACAAACAUAAAUAUUAUAGAUUUGCAGUGUUCUGCAUGGGCAUUGCACUGGUGUCCCUCCUCAUAGCACUGAUCAUAUAUCCCAUAUGCUUUGCAGCAGAAUUGAAUCUCGGAAACCGAACCAACUGGGAAUUCGGUUGGGCGUACGGCGUCGGUUGGGGCGCGGUAAUUUUCCUAGUUGGAGGAGCAGUAUUGCUGUUGUGCGAGAAAGAAAGUGAAGAAAUUUACUAUAAGGAAAAGAAAACCGUUCGUGAUGACAUAGGAAGUGGCGGUUCCAUGAUUGGUAUGGGACAUCACGCUGGACGAAGUGGAACGCAGCUAGCCUAGUGGCAUUGCUCCCUGCCCGAUGUUGUUCUCUAGGUGAUUCGUUUUAUCUUUUUCUGCUCUCACAGUUCGACACAUGCGCAUACGAGAAGGUAUACAAGCCUAUGAAUGGGUUUUUGACAAAACGCAAAAAAAUUACCCUACGGAUUCUUCGACCAAUCUAACUUGGAUACACAAAGUAUCAGCAGUUUAAAU